UAAAGGGCAGAAGGAGAAAGAGGGGGAGGAGACCUUGGUUUUGUUUCAUAUGGAGGUGGUGAUGAAAAAAGCUGCUUUUAAAGAGGAGAUAAAGGAUGUGGAACUGAUGGGUGAUGAAGAUAAUGGAGAGUUAAGAAGAGAAAACGUAAUGAUCAAUCGAGACAUUCGAAGAUCAUCUUCCCCAGCCAACAAGGUUUUGAGCUUUAGCAAACAGGUUCCUCCUACAAUCUCAAGAGAAAGAUCGCCCAUGGACAACUCCAUAAAACCAUCUCCUGCAGAUACGAAGGUCAACUCAAUUACUCAGUUGGACCGACUUGAAAUGACAAAGGCGGAAAUGGGUGAAGUGAGAGAAGAGAAUGAAAGGUUGAAGAUGAUCUUAGCAAGAAUCGUUAAGGACUACCAAUCUCUCCAUGUGCAAUUCCUAGACAUUUUCCAACAAGAUCAAGCGAAAAAGCUACCAAACGACACUUCUACCAAUCUAGAUGAUCAUAUAGAGGACCAAGAACUUGUUUCUUUGAGCCUUGGAACAAGCUCAAGUGGCCAAAAGAAAGAAGAUAAGCUAAUAAGUGUGAGUAAAAACAAAGAAUAUGAUGAACCAAAUGGAGGUGGCCUUACUCUUGGUUUGGAAUGCAAGUUUGAAGGGUCUAGUGGUGAUAAACAUGAAGUUCCCAUGACGAACGUAAGCUCCGAUAAUAGCUUUGAGGAGGCAAAAGAAGUGGAAGCUGGAGAGCCAUGGCCGCCAAGCAAGAUAUUUAAGAAUAUUCGAAGUGGAGAGGAUGAAGUGUUGCAACAACCUCAAGUUAAGAAAGCUAGGGUUUCAGUGAGAGCAAGAUGUGACGCACCAACGAUGAGUGAUGGAUGCCAAUGGAGAAAAUAUGGACAAAAGAUCGCGAAAGGAAAUCCAUGCCCGCGUGCAUACUAUCGUUGCACGGUUGCGCCUGGAUGCCCUGUGAGAAAGCAGGUGCAAAGAUGUGCACAAGACACAUCCAUACUGAUCACCACUUAUGAGGGGACCCACAACCACCCUCUUCCGAUCUCCGCCACCGCGAUGGCGUCCACGACGUCCGCCGCCGCCUCCAUGCUCAUGUCUGGCUCCUCCGCCUCCUCCCCGGCUAUCGGAUCCCACACCGCAGCCUCCGCGGCAGCCACCACCACUCUCAAUGGCCUCAAAUUCAGCUUAGCAGACCCUUCCAAGACAAACCAGUUGAUCUACUUCCCCACCCCUUCUCUCUCUUCAGCAGCUUCUCACCCUACAAUCACACUAGACCUCACUGCACCAUCAUCAUCAUCAUCUUCUUCGGCCUCCCAACCCUCCUUCUUCUCUACGUUCUCCUCUAACCCUAACCCUAGAUUCUCCCCAACAGGCUUUAACUUCUCCACCUCAGAGACUGGGAGUACCACUGCCACCUUACCACCUUCUUGGACCAGUGGAUACUUAAGCUAUGCAAGCCCACUACACAUCAAAAGCCCAAUAGGCUGUUUAAACCUGGGUAGUAAAGCCCAGGAUCUUUCUUAUCAAUCCUGCAUGCAGAAGAUCGCGAAUCCAAGCGCGGCGAGCCCGGGCCAGAAUUCGUUGACCGACACGAUCGCAAAGGCGAUCACGGCCGACCCGAGCUUCCGGUCGGCAUUGGCAACGGCGAUCACGUCUUACGUCGGAGCCCAAGGUGGGCCCGGAGAUGGUAGGGCCCAAGGGCUGAAAUGGGGUGACCAAUUGGGCUCUGGUGGACCGAUCGGGGGCAGCGGGUGCGCGUCGAGCUACUUGACUAACUCGGGCUCGCCCGCUUCGAAACCGGGCCAACAUGGGAGCCUGCUGUUGCCCCAGCCCACUUUAGGAUUUGCUAGCUCAAAGAGUAGUACUUCUGCUUCUGCUUUCCCAGUAGAAAAUAUGAAAAAUAUAAAUUGAAGAAAUUUACCUUUUUUCUGUCGGAUUUGAUUUUUGCUGUAUUAAUUCUUGUUUUUGCGUUGGGAAUUUUGGAUAGAUAUAUCCGAAGAGAGUGUUGCUUAAUUAGAGGUGGUGUUUAUACAGUGGAAAUGUAAUUUAGUGAAUGUUUGAUAUAUAAUGUGGUAUAUAAUGUGGUAGGCCAAUAAUUUUGAUUUUUGUGAAUAGGAUAAGGAUCAG